UAACAAGAAGUCACUUGGCUGACAACACAUACAGCGAGGAGAACUGAAAGACAAGAAUAUUACCAUGUAUACGAGAUCAAACAGCAUCGUAUUGUCUUUACCGACAAAUAACUUUUUCCAGGAGAACUUUUCCUUCGCCUCAAUGCCACGGAGCAAAGAACCAGAGAUUUUCACCUUCGAGCAGAUUCCUGCUCAGGUUCAGCACCGACCCGCUGCGGUUCUCCGCCAGCGGAGGAAAAACACUCGGGUCAUGUACCCAUCGAACGUUCGUAAAUACCUUCCACCAGUCGAGAAGAGUGCUGCCAAGCGCUGGCUGGUGAUUCUGUGCCUGGUGGUGUUCCUACAGAUCUGGACCGAGGAGGGGGUCAUUGACACGCAGACCGAGAGUGCCGUUCUGGACUCAUCGUGCGAAGAGACACCCUUCGGCCAGUACCAGGUCCUGUCGUUCCAGUCCGCAGAGGAGCAGGCGCGCCAGAUGAGGAGCGACUCGGUUGAGUCUCCAGAGAAAGAGCAGGAACGUCUUUCCAGCGAACAGAACACAUGGGGCACGCUGCUGAACACCACUUGCCCCAGCUGCAUGGAAGAAAUCAAGUGCUCGCCAGGGCAAAACACAAACAAUGGCUACGUCGUCGCUCUGCUAUAUACAGUUCACCACACACUGGGAAGCGACAACUAAAAAGAACUGACACUUGAGUCGCCGAGACCCAACACAGAACAAACUACAACUGCCUCACCCGGUUGAGAGACCGAACAGAGAGGGCUUGUGCCCCCCGUGAAGGGCAGACAAGAGAAACACUUUGAUGGCCAUGGCCUGAGUGGAUCAUAGAUCUACACACACAAAUUGAAGGGACACUGAAGGGACUGGCACUGAUUGCUGACGUUACCUUAAAAUGACACUUGAACGGCUUAUAGAUACAUACUUGAAAUUGCUUUGAAGGUAGAAAUGACAGUUGUGAAAUAACAGAGCCUUACGAGUAGACCUUAGUCUAGGUACUUGCAUAACUCCUGAAACCUGCUUGAUGAUGUCAUGUUUGACGUUUGUGUGUGUAUUUACUUUUAACUGACACUACUUGAAUUGAACACUAAUAUUGUAUUAUUUUUUGUGAAGUUGUUUUAGUUAUUUAUUUAAUAUGUUAUUUUAAUAUGUUAUUUAUUUAAUAUUUUGGGCUUAUUUAUUUGUGAACAAUGAACGUAAUAUAAA